AUGUAUACAUUGCUUGAAAGAUUUCCACGGCUGUCUGAGCUUCGUGUGAAGGAUAGUUCCUUCGAGGAGAUAUUCCCAUCACCCAUUGUUCAUCAAAUUCAACAACUUCAUAAUUUGACAGUGCUGAAGGUGUCCCAAUGUCAUCGGCUCAUCUAUUUAAUGACAAAUUCAGCUGCCAAAAGUUUGGUGAAUCUUGAAACAUUGGAAAUAGAUGAUUGCAAUAAGAUGGAGAAAAUUGUAAAGAAUGAGAAUAAUGAUGAUGUGGAAGGUGGAAUCACGUUCUGUGUGUUGAGAAGAUUAAAACUCAAUAGUUUACCAAGAUUGAAAGCGGAAGAGCAUAAAACAGAUUUCAACAUUGAAGACCCAGCAACAAAUAAUCAUAAGGUGUCAUUCCCAGGGUUAGAGAUAUUAGAAUUAUACUCUUUAAACAGUCUGGUUCCGUUGAUAUGGGAUGACAAACCUUCACACAACUCAUUUAGCAACUUGAAAACAUUGAGUGUGAGUAGUUGUGACAUUGUGAAAUUGGUGCCCCUUCAUGUGCUGAAAUAUUUAAACAACUUGGAAGAACUGGAAGUCAAGUUUUGUGACAUGUUGGAGACGGUGUUUUAUUUUGAAGAUUUAAAUGAUUAUAAAGAGAUUGUGUCAUCAUCGAUGGCUGUGCCACUGAAAGAGUUAAGGUUAAUCUAUUUGCCAAAAUUGAAGAAUGUGUUGGCACCAUCCAUAUGCCAUCAAAAUCAAAUUGAAGAAAUUAUACCGAGACAGGAAGAGGACAAUGAGGACACGGAAAUCAUUUUCAGCAAACUGGAGCUUUUGGAACUUGAUGGAUUACCAAGAUUGAAGAGAUUUUGCAGCCAAAAUUAUACUUUCAAGUUUCCAUUAUUACAAUCUGUAACCAUAACAGAGUGCCCUCAACUCACGACAUUCUGUUCCGGAGCCAUUCAUGCCCCGCAGCUUCAAAAUGUUCGAGUGACGAGAGCACGUGAAGAAUCUCACAUAGAUAUUUGGAUGAAUGAUCUUAAUACCACCAUCCAACGCCGAUUUACUAUUCAAGAGGUAAUUUCCACAACCAAAAGCAUGGCUUUAAAUGCGAAGAAUAUCACAAUGAUAGGAGAUGUUUUUCCUAGAGUGAGAGCUCUUUAUGUAGAAAGCUUCACAGAUAAAGGGGUAACAUUUCCCUAUAGCUUCCUUGAGAGAUUUCCCAAGUUGGAUAAGCUUUAUGUGGAGCAUAGUUCCUUUGGGGAGAUAUUCCCCUCACAGGAUCAGAUUCUUGAUUUUAUGGGAAAAAUCCCACCAUUUGAAGAAUUACACAUUGCCUAUUUGGAUCAACUCAAAAGCACAUGGAAGGAUGAUUCUCAGCUACCACCAAUUCAUCAAAACCUAAUAAAAAGCCUGGAAGUCGAAAGUUGUCAUAGCUUGGUCAAGUUGGCACCAUCCUCUGCUUCAUUUCAAAAUUUGUGGUACCUGUCUAUAUCUAGAUGCCAUCAACUCGUCUAUUUGGUGACAAGUUCAACUGCCAAAAGCUUGAUGAGUCUUGAAUGUUUGAGGAUAAACGAUUGUAAAAAAAUGGAGGAAAUUGUAUUGAAUGAGAACAAUGAAGGUGUAGAAGGUGGAAUCACUCUCAACCGAUUACGGUGGAUUGAACUUAUUGAUAUGCCAAGCUUGAAGAUGAUUGUUGGAAAUACCAGAGUUGUCUAG